UUGUCUGUUAGUCUACAUCUCACUCCUCGAACGUCUGUUCGUCCCAGAAACGAUACCCUCUACCCAACGGGUGACGAAGAGCUCGAAGUUGUGCCCUCCAGGAUCGUCCGGCUGGAGGGUCUAGUACGGUGGAUGUUGAGCACAAUUUUUCAACCAAAAACGACAGCCAAACAGAAUUUGUCUCUCUAAUGCCUGAAGUGGAGAAAGGACACUGUUUUG